AUGUUCCAGCAAUCAAAAUUGAUCGGCAGCAAUCAAGAAAGAAGACAGGUUGAAGACAUCAUUCGUUAGACUAAAGGUCCAUACCAGCCAUUCUAGAAGAAAAUCAAGCUCAAAAACUUGGUCUAAAUUCUGUAAGAGAUUUGGGAAGAAGACGAGGAUUAUUGA